UGGCGCCGUUGAACGAACCGGAGGUGGGGAGAGAACGAGGCCGCCUUGAAUUCCCAGCUGCGCGAGGUGCCAUGCUGAGCUGGCCUUGCCGACAAGUUACGUCUGCGCUGCUGGGAAGGCAGCCGUUAGCAGCGUCCGUUGGAGCGGCAGCCUGGAGCAGGGCGGUGCAUUUGGCGGGGUCCAGGCGGGCCUCGGACAGCCCAGGGUCGAGCCAGGCCUCGCCUCCCUCGGCCUUUGACGAGGCCCUGCUGGAUGUCCUGGUGUGCCCGCUCUCCAAAAAGCCUCUGAGGUAUGAAAUGUCAACAAAUGAACUGAUUAAUGAAGAACUGGGAAUUGCUUAUCCAAUCAUUGAUGGUAUUCCUAAUAUGAUACCACAGGCAGCAAGAAUGAUACACCAAAAUAAGCAACAAGAAGAAAAAGAACAAGAAUAG